AUGACCUAUCGCCCCCCGAUCAAUCGGUUGACCGAUAUCCUCAAGCGCAACAACCCGCAGGUCCUCGAGCGCCAUGCCGUGGACUUCCACAGAGCCCUCACCGCCCUCCCGCCCGAGGCCAACCACGGCCGGUUCGUUCGCAAUCACGUCCUGAUCAACCCCAAGGCCCUGCACGUGCUCUGUGAGGAGGAGGUGCUGGGGCGUUAUCAGGCCUUUGCGGUGUACAAACCCCCUUUUUGCCCCAUGCGCCGCCGCGACGCCGCCGGGAACUUCCACAACGUCGCCGUCGAGUCCUUCAUCGCGGCCGCGCUGAAAUCCCAACUCGUUCACCCCGUUCUUCGCCGCAGUUUACGCCAGGGCGAGGUGAGGGUCCGCGUGCUGAAUGACUUGGACAGCUUCGCGUCCGGCCCGGUUGCCGUGAGCGUCUCAGAUGCCUGCCCUUUUAACACCUCGUUGGAGCGGUGCGUGAUGAAUUAUGACGUGCUCGUCCGGGGGCAUCUCUCUUUUCCCCGCGGCGAGCGGCAAUCGAUCACACCAUCGCUUCUCUACCCCGAUUUUUCGCCUUCCGCGCAGGCGACGGCGGUGCGGGGGCCAACGUGUACCUUCGAAGUUCGACGAAACGCGUACUACAGCGUCCAUCCCGUGACACUUCUUGAGGUUAAAAUUAUCGCGCCACCGUCCGCUCGGGCGCCUUGCAUCGAGGGGUUUGUAAAACACCAACUCGGAACCUUUGUUAUUGGGGAUCCGACGGCGUUUGAAGAUUCCGCGCAAUCACCGGUGGCCGAUGGGGGUAAAGAGUCUAUAAGCCAUGAAAAGAAGCCUAGCGAUGCUCAGCCGAAACGGGAUUUUAAUCCCUUGUUCUCCAAUUUCUUCCAGCCGUCGGUGAUUCCCAUGAGAGGGGAUUGUGAUUUUCCGCGUGUGUUUAUGCAUCUUCGAGAGAUUCACUUCUCUGUGGAUGAGUUAGACGUUUCUGGGAACACGAUCGGUAGUAGAGAUAUCAAUUUUCACUGUUGGAAUUGUUUUGAGCCCAUCAUUAGGGAUCUUAGUCAUAAUAUGUUAAAAAAUACGCGUAUCAAUUUGCUUGAUGGUUCUUGGACUCCUUCGUUGGAGUUCCUGAAUUAG